AGAAAGACUGUCAGAGUCAGAACAGGAAGCAGAAUUAAACAGAAAGGAGAGCUCUCGUGAGAUUUUCUUUGUUUUUUGUCUCUUACAACAGAGUAAAUAUUGGUGCAUUAUAAGAGUGAAUUGAACAAAUUCUGUUAGAGGAACGUAUGUGGCAGUCAACUUCAGGAUACAGUGUUUCUGGGUGUUGUGGUUGGCUAUUCCUUCUUGCUCAGAGAGAGAAAGAAGAUGACAGAAUUCUCACCUGUACUGCCGUUACGGGACAGAGGGGGUGGAAGCCCUCUGAAUCAGCCUAUAUUUCCUCGUUCUAGGUCUGAUUCGGAAUCUGAAUGUGAUGCUGAGCUGUCCCAAAGCUUAGCCCGUACCAAAACCCGUUCAUACGGCAGCACAGCAAGUGUCUGUGUUCCAUUAGCUGAGAAAUACAUCGAGCACCAAGUGAAUGUCAGUGAUACACUUCAGGGGAUCGCACUGAAAUAUGGUGUUACGAUGGAACAGAUAAAACGAGCAAAUAAAUUAUUUAUGAAUGACUGUAUAUUCCUGAGGAAAUCCCUUCUUAUUCCAGUCGUGUCAGAGAAAUCAUCACUUUUCAAUGGACUGAAUUCACUAGAGUCACCUGAGAGUGAAGCAAGUGAUGGUGACACUCCCAAAGAUGGAGAGUCAAUGACCGUUCAUAGGGAUAGCUCGUCCUCUCAGAGCCCUCAGGACCAGGAGCCUGACAAUCAACAUACUCAGCCAGAGGAACUCUCAGCCAAAGAUUUCUUACAAAGACUGGACUUGCAAAUUAAACUAUCUACACAGGCAGCCAGGAAACUAAAAGAAGAUAAUGUUAGUUCUGAUGUAAGUGACACUUCCUAUGCAACGUCAUCAUAUCACUGCGAACAGUAGAAAUCGAUAAAGAGCUACAGGAAUGUAAAUCUCUGAAGCGAAUAUUCUUGACGUGGAUGCAGAAUUACACUUUCAGAAAUAUUAAGUGCAUUUUGGAACAUCAUGGCUCCCGUACACAGAUCCCAAUCUUUUGUGUUCACAACCUCUGUAAUUGCACUGAAGUAACAUAUCUGGCUGUUUUGCCUUCCAUAUUUAAAUGCUAUUACUGUAAGCCAAGGUUUGAAAUCCUUAAGAAAUAACUGACAGCCUUUGAUUCUAUGAAGGUUUGAAAUCCUUAAGAAAUAACUGACAGCCUUUGAUUCUAUGAAGACAUAGUAUUAGAAUAAACCAGUGGGUUACCUGCUAAAUAGUAUAUGUUGUUUUAAGGGCAAUGUUACCCCUAUUCAAUGCUGAACUUGGGAAGUAAACACAGGAAGGUUUCAUUAAUAACUAUUUUACAUGAUUUCUUUUAUAAAAUAUACAUUAUUACACAUGCCCCAGGUCAUUUAUGAGUAUAACAUAGUGUAACUUGCUCUCUGAAAUGUAUUCAACACAUUUGUGACUGUCUCAUAAAAGUGCCGCCAUAAAUGAGUGAAAGCUUCUGAAUGCAAAGAGCAUUUAGAAGUAAAAAAAAAAAAUCACAGGAAAAAAAAGUAUUUUUACAGGGGAGAAAGCCACCCUGUACCCCCUGACAUGUGGAACUGCAUAUCUUUCAUUCCCAUAUUUAUAUAUACCAACUCCAAGCUUGCACUAUCAUGGGAGGGGGGAUUUUCAUAUAAUGGUAAUUUGGCGUUACAAAGAGAAGCUGGCUGGUUGUGCAGUAGUGAAAAUACAAAUGACAGUGAUUACUAGUUUUUCAAAAAUAAGGAUGGCUCACACUGUAACUCUGUUAUGGAUGGGCCAUAUCGUGGCAUUAAAUAGUUCUGAACAAGGUGAAGUAACAGCUAAAAUAAUUUGUUAAAAAUCAUAACAUUUUAAUUCUGAUUUAAGUGGGCAGUAGAUGCAGACUUGCAAAAAGUGCUGUUGAUUAACAAUUAUAUUUACCUUUGUGAGUGCUGCUAAUAAUAUAUGUUUAGUACUUAAAGUUGGAAACCCAUUGUCAGUGGUCAAUUGACUGAUACUCAGAGUGUUAGCACUAGAAGGUCUCUGGCAUCUAGAAAUGGUAGUUAGACUUGCAGAAGAGUGAAAGGGUGAGUGUCGUAUUUUUUAUCACUUUCUCCCAAUUCUCCAAAUUUGAAUGGUCUUGGAGUUGGUGUGUGUGUGUGUAUGUGUGUGUGUGUGUGUGUGUGUGUGUGUGUGUGUGUGUGUGUGUGUAUAGGUAAAUAUAUAGAUAUAAACUUAUUUGUAUACAUCAAAUAAACCCAUAGUCGACAUUCUAACCAUCUGUGUCUUUACUUCCAAACAGGGAAUGUCGACAAGGAAGUACAUGUGUUGAGAAGCAGCUUCAACUCAUGCAAAUAAAAAAAAAACAAACAAAUUGCAACAUUGGUUUUUACAAGGGGGGCAAGCCCUCCUGCAUGUUCUGAUAAUUAUAUACUAACUAUGAGGCUACACAGAAUUAGGGCAUAUUUUCCAGUCCUGGGAAUUGUUCAUUCUUGGACACCUAUUGACCAGUUGUUUAGUCGAUCAUAAAUGGUCGACUAAACAGCUGUUGACCAAACAUUUGACCAUAUUGAUGGAACCUAUAUAUAUAUAUAUAUAUGUGUGUGUGUGUGUGUGUGUGUGUGUGUGUGUGUGUGUGUGUGUGUGUG